AGUCUAUGGAGAGGCGGCGGCCGCGGCUGCUGAGGCGGAGGCUGAGGCAGCGGCGAUGGCGCCCUUCCCCGAAGAGGUGGACGUGUUCACCGCCCCGCACUGGCGGAUGAAGCAGCUGGUGGGGCUGUACUGCGACAAGAAAUCAACUCUUACGAAUGUUCAGAAGUUGCACAGCAUGAAGCAGAACCCCGUUAGGAGAGGAGUCCUCGCAGCCCCGUGAAGCGGUUGGAGGAUGCCAGCGUGUUCCUGGCUAGGCCACGCUCAAACCAACCACUUCAAGGGCGCCCGCAACCAUCCUUCCCUUCCCUUCAUUUUGAAAAUUAAAAAAAAACCAAACAAACCAAAAAACACCUGAUUCAGAUAUAGGUAUGAACACCAAGGUAUUCUGGGACAGUGCUUGUCAACCUUGGUUGCUUGUGAGGACCACCCCAAAAGCUGCUAAAAAAUUCUGAUGCCUAAACCAGUAAAAUCAGGAUCCAGGUUCAGUCAUGUGCACGGAAUGACUUCCGUGUACUAGCAGGAGGAACCGCACAUGCCACCUGGGUCCCGUACGAUGAUAAUGUAACUGAAAGAUUCCUGUGGCCCCGUGACGUUGCAGCCUGUGUCCCCAGCACAUGACUCACGCGUUGGUGGUGGUGCCCGGCCAGUUGAGUGAAAGUAUGGCGCGUGGAAUUCCGCGCAGGACAUAGUACUUGAUGAUAACAGGCGACUCCGUUGCUGGUUUCUCUUUCUAAAACCAACUUUUCCAACAACAAUGAUUUCCGUGCUCUCCUGCAGUCUCUGUAUGCUACUUUUAAGGAGUUCAAAAUGCAUGAGCAGAUUGAAAAUGAAUACAUUAUUGGUUUGCUUCAACAACGCAGCCAGACCAUUUAUAAUGUACAUUCUGACAACAAACUCUCUGAGAUGCUUAGUCUCUUUGAAAAGGGACUGAAGAAUGUUAAGAAUGAAUAUGAGCAGUUGAAUUAUGAGAAACAGCUGAAAGAGAGAUUGGAGGCAUUUACAAGAGAUUUUCUUCCUCAUAUGAAAGAAGAAGAGGAGGUUUUUCAGCCCAUGUUAAUGGAAUAUUUUACCUAUGAAGAGCUUAAGGAUAUUAAAAAGAAAGUGAUUGCACAACAUUGCUCUCAAAAGGAUACCGCAGAACUCCUUAGAGGUCUUAGCCUGUGGAAUCAAGCUGAAGAGCGACAGAAGUUUUUUAAAUAUUCUGUGGAUGAAAAGUCAGAUAAAGAAGCAGAGGUGUCAGACCGAUCCACAGGUAUAACCCAUCUUCCUCCUGAGGUAAUGCUGUCAAUUUUCAGUUAUCUUAAUCCUCAAGAGUUAUGUCGCUGCAGUCAAGUAAGCACCAAAUGGUCUCAGCUGGCGAAGACUGGAUCGCUUUGGAAGCAUCUUUACCCUGUUCACUGGGCCAGAGAGAGGAAGGGAGAGGAAUAUAGAGUUAGAAACAUCGAUGAGAGAGAAACAUCCAUCAGCUGCCUCCUGCACACUCCCCACUGGGGAUGUGCCCGCAACCAAGGUGACUGGUAUAGUGGCCCUGCAACUGAACUUGAUACUGAACCUGAUGAGGAAUGGGUGAAAAGUAGAAAGGAUGAAAGUCGUGCUUUUCAGGAAUGGGACGAAGAUGCCGAUAUAGAUGAAUCUGAAGAGUCUGCAGAGGAAUCGAUUGCUAUCAGCAUUGCACAAACGGAAAAACGUUUACUCCAUGGCUUAAUUCAUAAUGUUCUGCCAUAUGUUGGUACUUCUGUAAAAACUCUAGUAUUAGCAUACAGCUCUGCAGUUUCCAGCAAAAUGGUGAGGCGGAUUUUAGAGCUCUGUCCUAAUCUGGAGCAUCUUGAUCUUACCCAAACUGACAUUUCAGAUUCUGCAUUUGACAGUUGGUCUUGGCUUGGAUGCUGCCAGAGUCUUCGGCAUCUUGAUCUGUCUGGAUGUGAAAAAAUCACAGAUGUGGCUCUAGAGAAGAUUUCUAGAGCUCUUGGAAUUCUGACAUCUCAUCAGAAUGGCCUUUUGUCUACAAGCAAAAUUACUUCGACUACAUGGAAAAAUAAAGACAUUAACAUGCAGUCCACCAAACAGUAUGCUUGUUUGCAAGAUUUAACUAACAAGGCUAUUGGAGAAGAAAUAGAUAAUGAAAACCCCUGGACUAAGCCUGUUUCUUCUGAGAAUUUCACUUCUCCUUAUGUGUGGAUGUUGGAUGCUGAAGACCUGGCCGAUAUUGAAGAUGCUGUUGAAUGGAGACAUAGGAAUGUGGAAAGUCUUUGUGUAAUGGAGACAGCAUCCAACUUGAGUUGUUCCUCCUCUGGCUGUUACAGUAAAGAUAUUGUUGGACUAAGGACUAGUGUCUGUUGGCAGCAGCAUUGUGCUUCUCCAGCCUUUGCAUAUUGUGGUCAUUCAUUUUGUUGUACAGGAACAGCUCUAAGAACUAUGUCAGCACUCCCGGAGUCUUCUGCAUUGUGUGGAAAGGCAUCAAGGACUAGCUUGCUUAGGGAAAAGGACUUAAUCUACUCUGGGAGUGAAAAAUCUGACCAAGAGACUGGACGUGUACUUCUGUUUCUCAGUCUGUCUGGGUGUUAUCAGAUCACAGACCAUGGUCUCAGGGUUUUGACUCUGGGAGGAGGGCUGCCUUAUUUGGAGCACCUAAAUCUCUCUGGUUGUCUUACUGUAACUGGUGCAGGCCUGCAGGAUUUGGUUUCAGCAUGUCCUUCUCUAAAUGAUGAAUACUUUUACUACUGUGACAACAUUAACGGUCCUCAUGCUGAUACCGCCAGCGGAUGCCAGAAUUUGCAGUGUGGUUUUCGAGCCUGCUGCCGCUCUGGCGAAUGACCCUUGACUUCUGACCUUUGUCUACUUCAUUUAGCUGAGCAGGCUUCCUUUCAUGCACUUUACUUGUAGCACAUUUCUUGUGUUAACCAUCCUUUUUGAGUGUGACUUGUUUUGGCCUCACCCUUACAGCCUCAGAAAUCUUAAAAUUUACCAGUGAACUGUACAGUGUUGUUUCUCUUGCAAAUCAUAUUUUUGUUUUAGAAAGGGAUUAGGUCUUUUCAUGAGGAUGAGAACAGUUUUAUCAGAUUUCUUUUAAAUUGAAUGCUUGGAAAAUAAUGUCACUAAUGCCUUGCCAUUCAAAGUAUUUUUUAGAUUACUUUGAGUUUCAAAGUCAGUGGGGGUUAUUGGUUCUCUUUCUAUAUAAACACUGUACCAAGCUUUGCUGAUCUUUCAAACAUACACUUCUGAAGUUUCAUUUUCAAAGACAGCACUUUUUGGAAACCAACCUGUUUUCCAUAAUGUUUCCUUUAUUUGAACAAUUCUUAGAAGGCCAAUUCAAACAUACCCACAUAUAAGUUUCUUAAGUUUAUAGAAUAAAUUGGCUUCUUGGCAGUUGCUCAGUGAGCUAGCAAAGCACCAAUUUAUUUGUAUUUGCUUUCUUCAAAGAACCCCCGUUUUCACCACUGUUCCUAAAUUGUCAAAUUUGGGAGGGAUUUUUAAAAAUUCUACAAUCAUUUGAAGAAAUGUAUAAAUAAAAUCUACUUUGAGGACUUUA